UAGAAGAUUAUUCUCAUCUUGUGCAUUCCUCGGACGGAUGAAAGGCAUAAAGGCGGACAAAUUUAGAGCAGUAUAAAAACAACAAUACACAAAAGAGCCUUUUACUUGCAAAUUGUCGACCAAUAAUCACAAGAACUGACAUUGUAAAAUAUCACGUUUCGAAUCAAACUUAAAUCUCGAAAGAAAACGAAUCCAUCUUGUUGAAUUAACAUAAAGAAUGAUGGAAUCUUCUGUCGGAUGCAACACAGCCAAGUUUCCCUUCUCAAUUCAUCAUAUAUUAAAGACGAAGGCUUUCACUACAGACGAUCCACGUGAUUCUGGAAAAAAACCGACCGGUAAAGGAGAAGGGACAACGGAAGAAGAAAAUAUCAUGAAAGACACGAAACAUCACGAAACAGAACAAGAUACAGUUGAAGGCAACUCCAUACAAAGGGCUGCUAAGGAGCUCGAACAGCAAAGAACCGAUAACGCACGCACAGGAAAACGAAGACGGGUACUGUUCACGAAAUUCCAAACGUUGGAGCUCGAAAAACGUUUUUUUAAGCAACGCUAUUUGUCAGCGAGUGAACGCGAAGAGUUUUCUAAGGAGAUCAACCUCACUCCAACUCAGAUAAAGAUUUGGUAUCAAAAUCACCGAUACAAGAACAAACGACAACGAAAGGAGAAUUUUGCAAGAAUGCGUUUUAUCCCACCGUCGGUACGAGUUUAUCCACCAGCCGCAGUAAGUUUGCCUUUUUUCAGAAGAUGCUUUUGUUGUCCCACAGGCUAUUCGUGCAACAACACGCCUUAUAACAGACCAAGGGAGUGGCCAUUAAGUAUCUUCCCACCUCUUUAUGUUUCUAAUCAAAGAACUUAGUAAGCAAAUGCUCUUAUGACUGAACUAAAAUACGUCCAGCUGGCCAUGGAACGAUAUGAAUGUCGUAUAUAAAUAAAAAUUGAACAAGUUCGUUAGUUUUGUUGA